AUGGCAGCAUCUUCUGAAUCUUGCCCAAGGGGAAGCAAAACCCUGGUGGUUGACUCGGAUCACACAGAUCCGCCCUUGCUCAAGAACAACUCACGAUUCAAGACUUACAAAACCCGGCAAUAUGAAUACCCCGACAUCAGAGUAUUCUUCAGGCCACACGCCAAGGAAGCGGAACUCCCAAAAACACCUGCCCCGUUACCGCUGCUGGUAUGUGUACCGGGCUUAGGGGGAUCUGUUGCCCAGUAUGAACCCUUACUGACCAGCCUCGUUCAUCUGGCCCCGUGCUUAUCUGUUGACUUCCCUGGAUGUGGGCGCUCUCGUUAUGCUGUCACAUCAUGGUCUGCGUACACCUCAGAGGAAUUGGCGGAGCUGCUUGAAACUAUAAUUGAGGACCAUCGGGAUAAAGAAGCCGGGCAAGGGGUAGUAUUGAUUGGGCACAGCAUGGGUACGGCGUUGUGUGCGCAACUUGCGAGUACAAGUGGCUCCCGAAAGACAGGUCUUGCACAACAUGUCAUGGCGCUCGUGGCUAUAUGUCCUGUGUCCGGGCCGCCAGACGAGAAAAAAACAAGUUUAUUCCGGAAAUUGCUAUGGAUUCCGGGCUGGCUUUUCGGACUGUGGCGAAUCUGGGAUGGUAUUGGAGGACCUUAUAGUCCAAGCGUAUCUCGGUUCGUGGGCGAACAAGCAGACCCUGAGCUCAGGACAAUGCAGUAUCGGUUCAAUCAACAGAGCAGAACGCCAGUCUGGCGACGUAUGGCAUACGGUUCGCUUCCGGCCUUUGACAAGGGCAUACCUGUUGGGGGUCUGCCUGGCCUCGACACGUGGGCCAAUAUUGAUGUGCCGGUGUACUUGAUCGCUGGCGAAAACGACCAUCUGACACCACCAGCCGAGGUUGAGAAGAUUAUCCGCGUACUAGGUGGCGACAAGGAAAACAGUCACGCAAACUCCGCGCUUUACACAAGUGCAUCUAAGAACAGCAGCAAAAUAGCAGCAACAAGUCUUUCUGUCUCCGAUGCGACAACACAGGUUGGGAAUGCGGUCUACACCCGUACAGAUGAAGACUUGAGGCUAGACACAUCCUCAACGACCAUGUCUGACAAUGACAACGAUCCGUCAACCCCAAUCGAAGAAGGUUCAACGAUUGUGCCUCCGCAGCCUGCACACCCGGCAAAAGUUGUACGCUCGUUUGUCAUGCCUGCACCUGCAAAUCAUACUCUGCUGUAUAUGCCACAAUACUCCAGAGUCCUCGCUGGACUCAUCUCGGAUUUUUUGGCGACUCAUGUCACUCAAAGACUAUCCUUGACCUGGCAACUACAAUAUUUGUCGCGCGAGGGCAAGUGGGACGUGAAGAAUUUGAACAAGUGGAAGUCAGUCACACCAGUAUCCCUGGCCAUAGGACGACAGGGAAAACCUAUAUUUCGUGCUAUGAAGACAUUGCGGGAAGUUGAUGAUUUUCAUUGUCCGUCAAAGUUCGUGGAGAGAUGGGGAUCCGUCAUCAAAGUUGUGGUUGACAUAUCCAAGGAUCAGCCAGUCUACGAUCCACGUGGUUUGGAGCGUGGCAGCAUACAAUAUCACAAGUUUCCCACCGUUUCUAAGAUACCUCCUCAGCCUGACGAGGUUGAGUCCUUCAUCCAGUUGGUAGACAGACUACGGGAAACGCUCAAUGAGCGUGCUGUUGCAGAAGGCUGGGAAUAUCCGGAACGGUGUGUUGUGGGUGUGCACUGCCACUACGGAUUCAAUCGCACGGGGUACUUCAUCGUGUGCUAUCUUGUUGAGCGUUGCGGGUUUCGAGUACAGGAAGCGAUUGAAGAAUUUGCCCGAGCAAGACCAAACGGCAUACGACACUCACAUUUCUUAGAUAGACUUUACGUCCGAUACAACGUAGAGAUGGGCUAA